AUGAAUUCGGAGACAAGCCAGGCUGCCCCAGAGCUGGACCUCCUGAUGGCACCUGCCGAGACACAAGGCGGGUCAUGUGACAGACGAUACGCUAGACGUCACUUCCGUUGCGGCCCCAAGCACCGGAAGUGCCUGUCAGAGGCCGCCGGGAACAUGUCGCCGACCAUGGGGACGGAGGCGGCGGCGCCCGGUUCGGCGGCCGAGCUGCUCUUGCAGCGGCUGGAUCUGGCAGGAGCCUCCGCCGAAGCCGGCAUCUGCAGCCUGGAGGCGGCCGCGGCGCUCGGCCUGGAUCACCAAGUGCUGGUCGGGGCGGUGAAGAGCCUGCAGGCGCUGGGGGAGGUGAUUGAGGCUGAACAGCGGACGUCCAAGAAGUGGGAACUGACGCCUGAAGGCGAAGAAGUUGUCCGCGAAGGGAGCCACGAAGUCCGGGUCUUCAACAGCAUCCCCCUUGAGGGUUUGGCCCAGAGUGAGCUGAUGAAACUGCCCUGUGGAAAGGUUGGAUUCAGCAAAGCCAUGUCCAACAAGUGGAUCCAGCUGGAUAAGAGUGCAGAGGGAGGGCCCUGUGUCUUCCGAGCGGUGGAGAGCGUGGAGGAUGCGGUGAGGGAAAAACUGUUUCAGGUGCAGCGGGGGGAGGCCGACGGUCUGGAGGAGAAAGACAAGAGCGAACUGAAGAAGCGCAAGCUCCUGGCUGAAGUGACUAUGAAGACGUACUGGAUCAGAAAAGGCAGUGCUUUUAGUACCACCGUCACCAAGCAGGAAACAGACCUUACGCCGGAGAUGAUUGCCAGUGGCUCCUGGAAAGACUUGAAGUUCAAGGCGUAUAACUUUGAGGCCCUGGGCAUCAUGCCCGAAAGCGGUCAUCUCCACCCGCUGCUGAAAGUCCGCAGCCAGUUCCGGCAGAUCUUCCUCGAAAUGGGUUUUACAGAAAUGCCUACCAAUAACUUCAUUGAGAGCUCCUUCUGGAACUUUGACGCCCUUUUCCAGCCGCAGCAGCAUCCAGCCCGGGACCAGCACGACACCUUCUUCCUUAAGGAUCCUGCCGAAGCCACUGAUUUCCCUAUGGAUUAUCUAAAGAGGGUCAAGCGGGUUCACUCCCAAGGAGGCUAUGGAUCCCAGGGGUACAAGUACGAUUGGAAGCUGGAAGAGGCCCGGAAGAAUCUGCUUCGGACACACACCACGGCUGUCAGUGCGCGCAUGCUCUAUCAGCUGGCACAGCAGGAGAAGUUCACCCCCGCCAAAUACUUCUCCAUCGACCGAGUCUUUAGGAACGAGACCCUGGAUGCUACCCACUUGGCCGAGUUCCACCAGAUCGAAGGGGUGGUGGCAGACUAUGGCUUGACGCUGGGAGACCUGAUGGGUGUCCUGAAAGAGUUUUUCACCAAGCUGGGGAUUACACAGUUGCGGUUCAAGCCUGCUUACAACCCUUACACGGAGCCCAGCAUGGAGGUGUUCAGCUACCACCAGGGCUUGAGGAAGUGGGUGGAGGUGGGAAACUCUGGAGUCUUCCGCCCAGAGAUGCUGCUACCGAUGGGCCUGCCAGAGGGGGUGUCCGUCAUUGCCUGGGGGCUGUCUCUGGAACGGUGAGUGUCUCAGGGCCCCG